CAUAGUCCUGUCUUUACCUCUGUUAUGUGAUGUUCAUGUUCGGGGCAGGCUGUACUUACUUAAAUGCUCAGAGGUAGCUGAUAUGUGGUGGUGAAGUGUGAAUGUUUUUUAGGUUAUUGUUGUAGAAUGACAUCAGUAAGACCCAAAACAGAAUUAAAAUAAUGGAAAACAGAGGACUUAAUUGUACCCUUCAGGCUCAUCCCUGUGUUGCUGAUGAUGGGGAGGCAGAUCUCCCCCUGGAUGCUAGAAGAGGAGAUCUGCUGCUAUACCCUUCUAUAGGAGACAACACACUCCUCCCUGUGCAUCCAUCCUACUUCUUGGGAAAUGAAUACCUGCACAAAACUGCUGACAAUGACAUCGUGCUCAUAAAUGCUGAUGAUCAAACACUCUCAGAAGUUCUGAAAAAUACCACAUUAGCCACGUAUGGAGUAACCACAGCUAUCUUAUCUCCUGACCAAAAAUUUGCUCUUUUUCAAUACAACUAUGUAAAGCUCUGGAGGCAUUCAUACACAGCUUCAUACCACAUCUAUGAUAUACAAAGCAGAUCCUUAGUAACUGAGAAUCUACUGCCUAAUGAUACCCAGUACAUAUCCUGGUCACCUGUUGGUCACAAACUGGCGUACGUUUGGAAUAAUAAUGUUUACAUAAAAGAAUCACCAGGUGCGGCAAGUGUGCCGAUCACCACAAACGGAGAAGAAAAUAAAAUUUUUAAUGGAAUAGCCGACUGGGUAUAUGAAGAGGAAAUGUUUGGCACCCACUCUGCUCUGUGGUGGUCUCCAAAUGCCAGUUUUCUAGCAUAUGCAGAGUUUAAUGACACAGAAGUUCCUGUUAUGGAGUAUUCCUUUUAUGCAGAAGACACCCUGCAGUAUCCAAAGACCAUUAGACUCCCAUAUCCCAAGGCGGGAGCUACAAAUCCUACUGUAAAAUUAUUUGUUGUGAAUACCCAAUCUCCUUCCACUGUGAAUACCAGUGAAAUUAUUGCACCAGCUAGCAUAAUAUCAGGGGAUCACUAUUUGAGUGUUGUAACAUGGGUAACUGAUGAAAGGAUCUGUCUGCAGUGGCUCAGAAGGAUUCAGAAUUUUUCAGUCCUCGCAGUCUGUGACUUUAUGAGAGACAGUGGAACUUGGCAGUGUCCAAAGGACAAACAACAUACAGAAGAAAGUAAAACUGGCUGGAUUGGCACAUUUCAGCCUUCUGACCCUUACUUUGCACCUGAUAAUGUUGGCUACUAUAAAAUUCUAAGCAAUACAGAGGGCUACAAACACAUCCACUAUAUUAAUGGCAGCGGGAGCAGAAAACCUAUUACAAAUGGAAAAUGGGAAGUCAUCAGUAUAGAAGCUGUAACCAGUGACUUUAUAUACUACAUCAGUAAUGAAUUUGAUGGAAAGCCAGGAGGAAGAAACCUUUAUAAAGUGUCAGUUGGAAACAGUCCAACUACACCUAAAUGUGUGAGCUGUGAUUGGGACAAGGACAGAUGUCGAUAUUAUUCUGCAUCCUUCAGCAGUGAUGCAAAGUAUUAUCUGCUGAAUUGUUAUGGUCCAGGCCUACCCACUUCUAUGCUGUUCAGAAGUAGUGAUGAUAAAGUUAACAGAACUCUGGAAAACAACACAGAUUUGAAUAGUACUUUGAAGAACAUUCAAAUGCCUUCCAAAAGAAUUGAUACCAUUAGUCUGAAUGGAUACACACUGUGGUAUCAGAUGAUCUUACCUCCCCAUUUUGAUUCAUCAAAAAAAUACCCGCUUCUCCUUGAUGUCUAUGCAGGGCCCUGCAGUCAGAAAGUAGAUUAUGCCUUCCGUAUCAAUUGGGCUACAUACCUUGCAAGUACAGAACAGAUCAUUGUGGCUAGCUUUGAUGGCAGAGGAAGUGGCUACCAAGGAGACGAAAUUAUGCAUGCAAUAAAUCGAAGACUGGGAACAUAUGAAGUAGAGGAUCAAAUCUCAGCAGCUAGAAAAUUUUCUGAAAUGAGCUUUGUGGAUAAGAACAGAAUAGCUAUUUGGGGCUGGUCUUAUGGAGGCUACGUGACCUCCAUGGUGCUUGGGUCUGGAAGUGGAGUGUUCAAGUGUGGAAUUGCUGUGGCCCCCGUGUCGCGGUGGCAAUAUUAUGAUUCAAUAUAUACAGAGCGUUAUAUGGGUCUUCCUGUAGCAAGUGAUAAUCUGAAAAACUAUGAGAGUUCAACAGUCAUGGCCAGAGCCAAAAAUUUCACACAAGUUGAGUAUCUCCUUAUUCAUGGAACAGCAGAUGAUAAUGUUCACUUUCAACAAGCAGCACAGAUCUCCAAAGCUCUCGUUGAUGCCCAGGUGGAUUUCCAAGCAAUGUGGUAUACGGACAAAGACCAUGGCAUUGGAGGACUGGCACAUAGCCAUAUUUAUACCCAUAUGAGCCAUUUCAUUAAGCAAUGCUUCUCAUUGCCCUAGUUCCAAAAUGGCAUUUCAUACCAUACUGGGAUUUCUCUAUCAAGUUGUUAAUAAUGGCACUUUUCCAGUAGAUUCUUUCAUCUAUACUUGCACUGAGCCAAUAUAGCUAUUUUUAUGAACAUCUGAAAACAGUUUUUUAAAUUCUUAAUGACCACAUCAUGUCCAUUUUUAUGACAAUCUCUGUUGCCAAGCAACUAUUGAAUUUUUAUUUAAAUUUGUUUUAAAUCAGGUUUUACAGCACAAGAAUGUUUACAUGCCAUUUGCCAAAUUUCUUUUUUUAAACUAUGGUGCUUAAAUGAAUACUUUUUUGUACUUUCUACUUUCACUCUAAAAUGGAAAUGUAACAUAUAAUCUGGUUCUUAUAUUAGUGAGACUGAUUGAUAAGUUACUCAUACAUUCACAGAGUUGCUAGCUGAAUAGCAUAAAAUUAUGGAUUUGAAACAUACUUUUUGAUGUUAUCCAUGUAAAUUUUGACAGUUGCAGGAAAUUAUUGGGAGGGGGCAGACAAUUACUGAAUGGCAGUAGAUGUUGAGAAAAAGCUUUAUAACCAUUAAAACAUAAAUUGAAAUCACGUCGUCGAAUAUACAAAGUAAAUAUCCUUAAUUAAAACUAAGUUCUCAACCAGCAUUUUUGUUCCUGGACAUUCUCAGUUUUGAUGCAAUAAUAUUUUGUUAGUUUGUACAUGUACAGUGAAAUUGAUAUUUAUCAAGAAAAUUUAAAUCCUUUCAUGCCUAAUUAUAACCUGUCAAAAAAACUCAGAUGGCUAAUAGAGGUCUUUUCUGAAGUUUACUGAAAUCUGAAUAUUUUUACUGAAAAUCAGGAUGAAAUUUUCAACAAAAACUUCUGCAAAAAUGAUGUCCCCUGCCCCCUUUAACCAGCUAUACUAAAAAGAGCAAUAAGGGAGACUUACAUAUUACAUUUCUUGUAGAAAACACUAUUUUUUUCAGAACAAUUCAAUUCAUCAGAUGACAUGAUGGAUCUACUCUGUAGGAUUAUGUAAACACCCUCCCAUGCCAACAAACACAGAUUGAUUAUAGGAAAGCUCUGCAAAGUCCUUCACAGAUACCUCUCAAAACAGUGGGGUUAAAUUUCACAAGUGCCUAAAGGGCACCAGCAUUGUGGCACUUACUCCUUAAUCAGAUAACCAGGUUUGCUUACAUGCAACAUGAGCAAGGAUUUUUGGCCACUGUUACUUAGUGUAAUCUUUGAGAGGCAUCAACUGUAUCACCAUGGGUAGGUUGCCAGUGUUUAAGAUACAGAUAAUGAAUGAAAAAGGAUAAUGCAACCUGAUCAUCUAACAAUCUGUGGGAACAAAGACUCAAUGAUGUCUUUGUAUAGAAAUGUGCUAUCGUGUCAGAGUUUUCCACAACCUUCCUAUAAAAUUCUCUCAGACUUAUCAUGUUCCACUUAACAGUCUCCAUGCUGGAAAAAUCAGGACUAGUAUGAGCCUUUUAGAAUUAAAAAUAAAGAGACCAUACAGUGCUGUAGCUUUUGGCAGAGCUCUCUGUGCCCUGUAUGGAAAGAGCUAAAUCAUUUGUCUUAAAACCAGAACAGCAAACUUGUAAUGGACUAAAGGCAUAGGUAUGGACAGAAUCAAUAUUUUGUUCUGUACAAUAGUGAUAGAAAUGUAGCUGUGUUAGUCUGGGGUAGUUGAAGCAAAAUGCAGGACAAUG